AAGCACCCCAUAACUCACCUCUUCAUAAUAAAAAAAGGGUGGCAAUGUGCGUGAUUCACCAGAAACGCCAGUCAUUUUCCUAGGGUACUCACCAGAAAGUUAUGAAAUGUGCCUGGUUUACCAGAAACAACAAUUUCAUACUGUACUCACCAUUCAAGUUGACGUCUUUGGCUUGCAGGAAGGGAGGAUGAAUGGAAGGUGGUCAUUGUUUGGAAGGAGAGGCCCCUUCCAUGAGACUGUCUGGAAUCUGGCUCUCUGGUGUCCUUUCUCUCCUUGGGAGAGUCUGUAGCCCACUCGGACCUGCUUCUGGCUCACUAGGUCUCGACCUUUUCAGAACUGAAAACUAGUCUAAGGUUGUCCGUUUCUGUCUUUUCUUUAACACUGUUCUUUAGUAUGAUGUGACAUUGUCAUUAAGCAAGUGAAUGCAACGAUUGCCUAUUUCUCUGGCUGGGUGGGUCUUCUCUACAAAUGUUUGUGGCUCUGCCCAUUUUUCCAGGAUUUCCUUUCUUUCAGAAAAAGAACUUUGCUGCACUGAUUAUUGAUAUUCCCCCUCCUCUUCAGAAAGCUCCUCUGCUGCCACUCUCUGUGGCUCAGCCAGAAGUCGCUGGAGUUCCUCUGAGGACAGUUCCUCUGAGUGUUCCUCCGCUGGUUCCUCAACAUCACCACUGUCACCUGCAAGCCUGUGGACUCUGCUGUAGUGAGAAUACGUCUGUGGAUGAAUACACUGAGCCACACAUCCCGCCUACCAAAUCAAGUAGCAGACAGAACAUCCCCCGGUGUAGAAGCUCCAUCACGUCGGCAACGGACGAGCAGCCUCACAUUGGAAGUUACCGUUUACAGAAAACAAUAGGGAAGGGGAACUUUGCCAAGGUGAAGUUGGCCAGACACGUGCUCACUGGUCGGGAGGUUGCUGUGAAAAUAAUAGACAAAACUCAGCUAAAUCCUACCAGUCUACAAAAGUUGUUUCGAGAAGUACGAAUAAUGAAGAUAUUGAAUCAUCCUAAUAUAGUGAAAUUGUUUGAAGUCAUUGAGACAGAGAAGACCCUCUAUUUAAUCAUGGAAUAUGCAAGUGGCGGUGAAGUGUUUGAUUACUUAGUUGCCCACGGAAGGAUGAAAGAGAAAGAGGCCCGUGCAAAAUUUAGGCAGAUUAUAAACUCCCGAACGGCAGGGUCCAUGAAGUGUCCAUUUUUGUUCUCCCGUAGCACCAGCACAUUUUCUUGCACAUCGCAGAUUGUAUCUGCUGUGCAGUAUUGCCAUCAAAAAUGCAUUGUUCACCGUGAUCUUAAGGCUGAAAACCUUCUCCUUGAUGCUGAUAUGAAUAUUAAAAUUGCUGACUUUGGUUUUAGUAACGAGUUCACAGUGGGGAACAAAUUGGACACAUUUUGUGGAAGCCCUCCGUACGCCGCGCCCGAGCUCUUCCAAGGGAAGAAGUACGCGGGGCCCGAGGUGGACGUGUGGAGUCUCGGCGUCAUUCUCUACACGCUGGUCAGCGGCUCCUUGCCCUUUGACGGCCAGAAUCUGAAGGAACUGCGGGAGCGAGUCUUGCGGGGGAAGUACCGCAUCCCCUUCUACAUGUCCACGGACUGCGAGAACUUGCUCAAGAAGCUGCUGGUGCUGAACCCGGUCAAGAGAGGCAGCCUGGAACAAAUAAUGAAAGACCGAUGGAUGAAUGUAGGUCACGAAGAAGAAGAACUAAAGCCAUAUACUGAGCCUGAACCGGACUUCAAUGAUACAAAAAGAAUAGAUGUUAUGGUCACCAUGGGCUUUGCCCGAGAUGAAAUAAAUGAUGCCUUAAUAAAUCAGAAGUAUGAUGAAGUUAUGGCUACUUACAUCCUUCUGGGUAGAAAGCCUCCUGAAUUUGAAGGCGGUGAGGUGCUGUCCAGUGGGAACCUGAGUCAGAGGUCCCGGCCCAGCAGUGACCUGAACAACAGCACCCUGCAGUCCCCCGCGCACCUGAAGGUCCAGCGGAGCAUCUCCGCCAAUCAGAAGCAGCGGCGCUUCAGUGAUCAUGCCGGCCCAUCCAUCCCCCCCGCCGUGUCCUACACCAAGAGGCCCCAGGCCAACAGCGUGGAAAGCGAGCAGAAGGAAGAGUGGGACAGAGACAUGGCCCGGAAGCUGGGCAGCGUCACGGUUGGCUCAAAGGGCGAGGAGACGGCCAGCCCCGUCGCGGGCCCCGAGAGGAGGAAGUCCUCCACCAUCGCCGGCAACAAUGUGUAUCCUGGAGGCAGCAUGGCAAGGAGGAACACGUACGUCUGCGAGAGAACAACAGACCGCUACGCGGCGCUGCAGAACGGAAAAGACAGCAGCCUCACAGAGAUGUCUGUGAGUAGCAUUUCCUCUGCGGGCUCCGCUGGGGCCUCUGCUGUCCCCUCCGCCCGGCCGCGGCACCAGAAGUCCAUGUCAGCGUCUGGACACCCUAUCAAGGUCACGCUGCCAACCAUCAAAGACGGCUCCGAAGCGUACCGUCCCGGGGCCGCCCCGAGAGCUCCCGCCGCCUCCCCGUCUGCGCACAGCAUCAGCGCCAGCACCCCAGACCGCACGCGCUUCCCCCGAGGCAGCUCCAGCCGCAGCACCUUCCACGGGGAGCAGCUCCGAGAGCGCCGCAGCGCCGCCCACAACGGGCCGCCCGCGUCGCCGGCCCACGAGCCCGGGGCGUUCGCGCACGCGCGGCGGGGCACGUCCACCGGGCUCAUCAGCAAGCUCACGUCCAAGUUCGUGCGCAGGGAUCCGAGUGAAGGCGAAGCCAGUGGAAGAACAGACCCGUCCAGAAGUGUGUCUGGGGAACCAAGAGAAAGAGACAAGGAAGAUAGCAAAGACUCCAAGCCCCGGUCCCUGCGGUUCACAUGGAGCAUGAAGACCACGAGCUCCAUGGACCCCAACGACAUGAUGCGCGAGAUCCGCAAAGUGCUGGAUGCAAAUAACUGCGAUUACGAACAGAAGGAGAGGUUCCUGCUCUUCUGUGUCCACGGGGAUGCGCGGCAGGACAGCCUUGUGCAGUGGGAGAUGGAGGUGUGCAAACUGCCACGCCUGUCGCUCAAUGGCGUCCGCUUCAAGCGAAUAUCGGGGACGUCCAUUGCCUUUAAGAACAUCGCAUCCAAAAUAGCAAACGAGCUUAAACUGUAAGAUGUCCAUGCUGACGGAUCAGGGAAGACACACCUGUCUGCGGGGCAGUGCUGACUGUACUGGCCGUGGUGGCAUGGUCUGCUGUGAACCUCCCGCUGUAGAACCUGCCCUGAUGCAAUAAGGUUAUACAUAGUUACCAGCUGUACAAUUAAAAUCCGUAUGAGCUGUAAUAAAUAUCUGUAGCUUAUACAGUAGGUUCACAUGUACAGGUAAGUAUAUUGUGUAUUUCUGUUCAUUUUCUGUUCAUAGAGUUGUAUAAUAAAAUAUGGUUGCUUAAAAACUUGUAUAGUUGUCUAGAUUUCUGCACAUAAUGUAUGUUUGAUGCUCUGUCUUGAAAUGUUUUUCCCUGUUACUUACGUCCUGGUGGGUUUUUACAAUUCUUACCUCCAUCAUACAACUUUGAAAACUGUCCAGGAUUAAAAGUGCACAGAACUUGUCUUUACAACUGUAGCAUGGACUUUUAAAAAAUUAUUUAAAAUCAUAUUUAAAUUUCAACCAGAAGCGGAUAAAUAGAUCUGUUUAUUAUACACAGAAUUAUUCCUGCUUAUCUUUGCUCUUAGCCUUGUCAUGAAACAAGGUUUCAUUGAGGAGAUACAAAAUGUUUACAGCGUUGGCACUUAGAGUUUCUACACAAAGUACAUGAAAAUAAAUAAUAGCUUUGCCUUGAGCUAACUAGGAAGUACUGGAGAAAAAAAAUUAAAACCUAUACCAAGUUUCCUUUGAACUUUGAAGAGUUUUCUGACCCAGUAAUCGCAGCAGCGGAAUUGAAAAGCAUCGAUACUUCAUCCGGUGACUCGUUGUAACCAUGGCUUAGGCUGGCUGCCUCCGAUGCCCGCAGUCACUGCAGAUGUACAGUAAUACGGGACUGUUCACGGCACAGACGCCUCGCUCCAGUGCUGGUCAGUGGUCAGUUAAGAGAGAAUGCCACCUCAGGAAUUACCACCCCUGGGAACACUGGCCCCAGGCCCUCGCCCUCUUGGUCCACCCCACCUCUGCGUGUCUGUGACACUGAGGGACUCGCGAGCAGAACACGCCAUUGGUGACAGUUUAUCAUGGAUUUAAGCGUACGUGGUUGUUCAGUUUGUUCCCAUGUAAUCCAUUUGUUCUAAGUAUUUUGCCAGAUUUCUUGUAUUUAUUCCACCUUGUUAUGCCUAUAACGUGCAGCUUUGUAAUGGGGCAUUUGCCAACUUUUCUUUCAUAAUCAGUGACACAUGCUAUGUGAAGACACUAGUAAAGGUGCAUUUUAAUACUUGUUAUUUUAUACUGAAUUAGCCCUGGAGGUUGACUGUGCAAUGUUAUUUAAUGUGUAAUUACUGUAAUAUCAGCAUAUGGACCCCAUCUGCCCACUUCUGAGAAAUAGUGUAUUCAGGUGUUAUCAGUUUAAAGAAUAAUAAGGCUGUGAUAAAUGCUGUCCUCCUGCCCUGCGUGGGACGCUCCGAGCACAGGGGACCUGCGUGGCCAAGUGGCUUCCAACCCAAGGUGAACUCUAUGUCGUGUGCCGUGCUGUGCUGUAGCUUUCUUCUGUAACAGUUCUGUUCUGAAAUGAAGUGUACUCUUGCCUUAGCAAAGGGUGGUGUUUGAAAAAAGCAGAACAAAGCUGUGUAGCCCCUUUUUAACCUACUGUUCAUCCAGGACAUGGACGCAGCCUGGCGCACUUUCACAGGUGCACCCUGCAGCAUUACUUGGGCUGUUCUCAUAAUAAAGCACUUGUCUUUGGCUCUUUAUCAGAAUGUGAAUUACCUGUUUUCUAGUAAAAAAAAAAAA